AUUUGGACGCCUUGCUUUUAACCUCUACUUUAAUCGGCAGACCCAGUAUGCCGGUCCGUGAUUUGUGACUGGAGUUUGGCGAGAGCAUGCGUCCAUGGACGGGCUCAUGGCGCUGGAUAGCGCUGGUCCUGCUGGCAUGGGGGACGUUGCUCUUUUAUAUCGGGGGUCAUCUGGUGAAAGACAACGAACACGCGCCGCGCUCCAGUCGUGAGCUGGCCAAGAUCCUCACCAAGCUGGAGAGACUGAAACAGCAAAACGAAGACCUGCGACGCAUGGCCCAGUCUCUACGGAUGCCGGAAGGACAGUCGGAUGGGCCAAUAUCGUCAGGAAGACUCCGCUCUCUUGAGGAACAGCUAAGCCGGGCCAAACUGAAGAUCCACAGUUUUCAGAGAUUAUCUGGAGAAGUUGGUCCGGGUCGAGAACAGGAAGAAUUGCGGAGGAAGGUGGAGAAUGGAGUGAAAGAGCUGUGGUAUUUUAUUCGAAGCGAGAUCCAGAAGCUGAGUCACAUCAACCCGACAGACAGACAGAAACACACUGAGACACUCCUGCAGGACCUGGGUCACCAACAGAGAACGAUCAUGACAGACCUGCACCUCCUCAGUCAGGCGGAUGGAGCAGGGGAUUGGAGAGAGAAGGAGGCCAGAGAUCUUUCCCGUCUGGUGCAGAACAGGAUCUCAUACCUGCAGAACCCGCAGGAUUGCAGUAAAGCUCGUAAGUUGGUGUGCAACAUCAAUAAGGGCUGUGGAUACGGCUGUCAGCUCCAUCACGUGGUUUACUGCUUCAUGAUCGCUUACGGCACACAGAGAGUUCUCAUCCUCGAGUCACACAACUGGCGCUACGCUCCCAAAGGAUGGGAGGCAGCCUUCCUUCCCGUCAGCGACACCUGUACGGAUCGAUCCGGAGCCACGACGGGACACUGGUCAGGUGAGGCUCAUGACCGGGACGUUCAGGUGGUGGAGCUGCCCAUUGUCGACAGUCUUCACCCCAGACCCCCGUACCUUCCGCUCGCUAUCCCAGAAGACCUCGCUCCCCGACUGCAGCGUCUGCACGGUGACCCGUCCGUCUGGUGGGUGUCUCAGUUCGUCAAGUACCUGGUCCGACCUCAGGCCUGGCUGGAGAAGGAGAUCCAAGAAACCUGUGUCAAACUGGGCUUUAAACACCCUAUUAUUGGUGUCCAUGUCAGACGGACAGAUAAAGUCGGGACGGAGGCCGCGUUUCACCCCAUAGAGGAGUACAUGGUCCAUGUGGAGGAACAGUUCCAGUACAUGGCUCAACGGGGACACGUGGAUAAAAAACGAGUGUAUUUGGCCACCGACGACCCCUCGCUGUUACAGGAAGCAAAAACCAAGUACGCCGACUAUGAGUUCAUCAGUGACAACUCCAUCUCUUGGUCAGCAAGUUUACACAACCGUUACACAGAGAACUCCCUCAGAGGCGUCAUCCUGGACAUCCACUUCCUGUCGCAGACUGACUUCCUGGUUUGCACCUUCUCCUCACAGGUGUGCCGUGUGGCUUACGAGAUCAUGCAGACUCUUCACCCGGACGCCUCCGCUUUCUUCCGCUCUUUGGACGACAUCUACUACUUCGGUGGACAGAACGCACACAAUCAAAUGGCCAUCUACCCACACCAGGCCCGCACGCCUGAGGACGUCCCGCUGGAGCCCGGAGACGUCAUCGGAGUGGCCGGAAACCACUGGGACGGAUACUCCAAAGGGGUGAACCGCAAACUGGGACGCACCGGCCUCUACCCGUCCUAUAAAGUGAAGGAGAAGGUGGAGACGGUGAAGUAUCCCACUUACCCCGAGGCAGACAAGCUGCUGAGCUCAUAGAACAACAGAUUAAUAAUCACGAGCACCAGGACGGGUGAGCUCGCCAUGCCGAGGAUCGCCGGAUGGAUGUAACUUUUAUUCUAACCUGACUGAGGUUUGUAUAAAUUGCAUAAGGAUCUCAUAGACUGAUGUGGACAUUGAGAGCCUUUGAAACGGCUCUCAGAUCAGCAGAAGCAAAUGAUUCAAACAUUUUUUUUAUUGUUUUUUUUAUUAUUAUUCUCUUGCCUUCUUUGCCACUUUCUCUGUCCUCAAACUCAAACUGGAGUGAAUCUCACAGAGGAUGUCAGGAAUAUGUUUAGGUCACAUUUCAUCCACAAAAUCAACAAAAAAAGUAAGAACUUUUUUAUUUAUUUA